AUGUUAGUCAUUCAAGUAGCUGUGUAUUUUAUGUUUUUUACACCUUCUGGUAUUACUUAUAUAAUGGUGACUUUUAUACCUUCACUAAAUACGACUUACUAUAAUACAAUACGAACUUUGACAGUUGUUUGGCAACAAGGAGGCUUUUUUAUUGCGUUUUUCUUUUACAUUUUAACCGGUAAAAUUUAUCGACAAGAAUUGGAAAAAAUGCUUAAAUACGAUCAAAUACGUACUCGGAUGCGCCGAAUGAAUAAUCAACGUCCUGUGACGACUCAUCAACCGAAUACAACGCCCGCCUUUGCCACCUAA